AUGGCUGAUGCUGUGGACAAUGGGGAUAAUACUCCAGGCGCGGUUUACCCCCCGGGCAGCCCGCGUCAUUCUCUUCUGGAUGCUCUCAGAGGAGCUCAUUUGGCCCUGGGAGCCUCGGGGGCUGUGCCCAUUGGUUCCAGCCUCCGCCCCCUGAGUGACGCUACCCCGGGGUUCCCGUGCUCCUCCCUUUCUGCUCCUCCUCCGCCUCUGCCUCCACCUGCUCCUUCCCUUCCUCCUCCAGCACCUCCUCCUGCUCCUGCGAGCUCGAGACGGCCUGCAGCGUUGUGGAACUUUUCAAAGACUUCAUCACAAGAUGAUUCAGGUGCUUCUUCCGACUUACCUUUAGACUCAACCAACUAUACACCAUCCUCCGGCAUACUGAAAAAGAGUACAGGUAUCAAUCAAACUUCAUUAGGAUUAAAACAUCCUUCCACUUCCGAAGUAAACAGUGUUAAUCCAAAAAAGCCAAAGACCGAUGCAAGUGUUUCCAAAACAAGUCCUUCGUCUUCAUCAUCUUUACUUAAGUCCCCUUCAGAGCCUUCUCCCCAGGCUGUAGAGUCAAAUAUAAAUACCUCAUCACUUCAGUCUGAAGCUGGAGACCCUUCACUACAACAUUGUCCAAACUGCCAUGUUAAGUUCAGGUUUUUGGAUCUUUUGAAAUGCCAUAUAAAGCGUUGCUGCCCAGACAUGAUAAACCACUUUCUGGAAACUCUUCAGUCAGACGAUUCAAAGGAUGAAAACAAAGCUAACAUUGGCUCAGAUGAAGGCAAAUUGAUCAUGCUGGUUAGUGACUUUUAUUAUGGAAGACAUGAAGGAGCUAUUGCGGAACACCCGAAGACUCACAGAGCCUUUAAAUGCUUCAGGUGCUCAAAAGUUUUUAAAAAUAAUAUUAGGUUCAUGAACCACAUGAAACACCACUUGAAACCUGAGAAACAGAAAAAAGAGACCUGGAAAAGCCGUUCUACAUCUCUUUGCAAAAUCUGUGAAUUGUCAUUUGAAACAGAGCAUAUCUUUUUACAACAUAUGAAGGACACUCAUAAACCUGGUGAAAUGCCCUAUGUUUGCCAGGUUUGCCAGUUUAGAUCAUCAAUAUUUUCUGAUGUGGAAAUUCACUUUAAAUCAUCCCAUGAAAACACUGAGAACUUGCUAUGUCCAUUUUGCCUCAAAGUUAGUAGAAUGGCAACCCCCUAUGUGAAUCAUUGCAUGAGACAUCAGAUGCUUUCCAGUUUCAUGAGGUCCUAUUUAUUGAUUGUUGAUCUUAGAGCCUGUGCUGUUGGUGUUCUGUUCAGGAAGUUGUCUCCUGUGCCACUUUUUAAAAUACAAUUCACAUACCAAUUUUCCGGAUGGAUGGAUGGAUGGAUGGAUGGAUGGAUGGAUGGAUCCUGGAAAAAAAAAGUAAAGAGAGAGAGGAAAGGAAAGAAAUGGAAUGAAAAAAAAAAAAAAACAACCAGCUCUCAUAGUGACCAACCAAAUAAACAGUUUUAUAUUUCUAAGAAGCAUUCACAAGCCCUCAGGGGCAUCACUCUAGUGUGCCUUAAAUGUGACUUCCUAGCUGGUACUUCUGGCUUAGACCGUAUGGCUAAACACUUAAGUCAACGUAAAACUCAUACUUGCCAAGUUGUCAUAGAGGACGUUACUGAAAGAACCUUAACUCCCGAAUCCACUUCUGACGGCUUGUUGAAAUAGAUUCCUGCUCUAUGGAGCUCGUGCAACCUGGUGCAAGACAAGUUGGAAUUUCCUAAGCUGAAAGUUCUGCAGUGUUUGCGUUCACAAAUCCAGUUUCCUAAGUUGAAAGUUCUGCAGUGUUUUCAUGGAAGCUGUUAAAAUCCAUGACACUCACUGUCAUUAUUCAGCUCUUUUCAGCUUUCAGGUGGCAGUAGAUCGUUACUGUCAGGUUAACAUGUCUGAAUGUGCUGUUGUUUUCCAGUUGGCUCUGGAAAAAGAACUUUAGUUCUGUUGUCUUUCUUACUUUGCUUCAGAUAAUCUGUUUUCUCUGCUGUAGUUGCCUCCAGAAUAUUACAUACAAAUGCUGUAGCUGUUCCUUUUUCUCUUUGUCUGUUUUGUCUGCAUCUUGAUUUCUUACAAGUCUUGCUGCUCAGAUAGCGUUCAUUCUUUGUCGUUGUUCUACUUUUCAUACUUUUCAGAUACAGAGGCAACACAGAAAUUUCAAAAAUGUCCAGUGGACUCCUGGACAGUGUCCUACUUCGAUGGACACAACUGAUGCCUGUUCUCUCAUUCCAAGGAAUGUGAACUGUUUGACUGUGAGACCUGUUUCAAUUUGUGGCCUUGGGAAUUUAUCAGUUCUUAGGCAGUGUCCCUGACAGUCCUUCCAUCAGGCUGAUUUUGAUUUGGCCACAGAUGACUUCAGGGUGCACCAAACUAAACACAGCUUCCCACUGGGGGCUUUGGUUCUUAUGUUUAAGCUUUUGAGUUGGCUCUAAUAAUGAAAGCCCAUCAAGUGAAUGCUUUGACAUAUGCCAUGUUUAAUCACUUUGGCUACAUAGUCCUUCAAUAUUCCUCACGUAGUCUACAAUGCAAGAAAAGCCUGAUUGUAUAGGGAGUGAGGUUACUGCCAUAUUCUUGGAAAAACAAACAUUGUGAAAUUUUAGCUCCAAAUUAACACUUAUUUCUCUUAUCACAUAUAGUUUUAAUGAUUAUACCAUGAGUUCUCAGCAAUUCUAGUAUUUAAAUUUCUACUUGUUUUUUUUUUUUAAUUAUUUAUUUUGUUUUAUUUUAUGUGUAUUGGUUGUCCUGCAUGUAUGUCUGGGUAAGGUUGUCAGAUCCUCUGGAACUGGAGUUACAUAUGGUUGUGAGCUGUCAUGUGGUUGCUGGGAAUUGAGCUCAGUUCCCCUGGAAGAGCCGCCAGUACCCUUAACCUCCAAUCCAUCUCUCCAGCCCCCUCCUAAUUGUCUUUUAAAAAUCAAAUUUUGAUAGCAUGAUUUUUGUCAUUCACUAAAUUUAGUGAUGUCCACUUUGAAUGUCUACUUUUAUAAUUUCUACUUAAAUCUUUUGUUUUGUGUUUGUUAAAAAUGCCAAAAAAUUCUUUAAUAUUUUCUGCAUAUUUCAUGUAGCUACUUAUUGUUUGUUUGUUUGAUUCUUUCUUUCUUCCUUCCUUUCCUUCUUUCUUUUUCUUUCUUUCUCUCUCUCUUCCUUUCUUUCUGUCUUUCUUUCUCUCCUCUCUUUUUCUUGCUCUGGAUUCCAAGGUAUGCAUGGUAUUUGUUUAGGUCAUUAGACAUUAAUAUAUGCUCUGUCUUAUCUUGGGAUCAUCAUUAACAUCUUAGUGGUCAGGAAUUCAAAGAUGAAAAACAAAAACUCCCUUUACAGAUCUUAAAACAAGUAUCAAGUUGCUAUGUGCUUAAUAGUUACUAUCUUAGCUGUUAAUGUAAAUUCCUUUCAAUAAAGAUAAUGUAUUAAAAAAUUUGGGGACCAAAAAAUGCACUUGUUUCUUGCCCACAGAUACAGAAAGAGAUGUAUACUUUAUUUAUUUUGGUGUUUGUUUAUUUUGAUUAUAUUGAACAUAGGUUUUCUGAACAGUUUUAAUGUUACUUAUUUUUUUAAUGAAAUUUGUAUUAUUAAACACUCUUGGGAAUUAUUUUAUAAUAAAUAAGUUGAUAUAAAAA